CUUUCUGAUCCUUUCACCUCUUGCUUCAUCUUCUUUGUUUUUGCCGUCAGCGGAUUUGCAGAAAUGGGUGGCUGGGUUUUGUUCCUCUUCGCGGUGAUCUGGGCUGCCGUGUUAAUGUUCGCAUCUGUUUUCUGCAUCAUCAUGUUCUCCGAUCUCGAGACAGACUACAUAAACCCGAUAGACUUCUGUAACAAGAUGAACAAAUUCCCCCUACCAGAGGGAGGUGCGCACGCGUUCUUGGCGUUGUGCUUCCUGCUCUCGGGCCAGUGGACUGCCUUCCUACUCAACGCCCCUCUGCUGGCAUGGAAUAUCAAUAAGCUGCUGAAGGGCAACCACAUGUAUGACGCAACCGAGAUCUUCCGCACAAUGGGACACCAGAAGAACGAGGUGUUCUUCAAACUCGGAUUUUACCUCCUGAGCUUCUUUUACUACUUGUACCGGAUGAUCCUUGCUUUGGUGGCUGAGGACAGCCAGUAAAAUGUUAUGGGCGCACAAGCUCACCAUAGAGGGAAUGCUAUUGGUUUUUACAGUGCGCUACUUAAAGCUAUGAACGAUUCCGUGCAGAAUACCUUUGCGCUCCAUCCAUGGCCUAACGCCAAGCAAAUCUCGAGCUGAGACAUUGU